GUCUCACACACACGCACACGGAGAGCAAAAGAAAUGAGAUAGAGAUAGAGAGAGAGAGAGAGAGAGAGUGUAUGGGUGCAUCCUCGUCUUCCUGGGAAUCUUCCUAUCUGAAUUCAACUUCUGGUCUUCUCUCUCUUUUGGAUUUGAACCCUAAUUAUCUAAAUCAGGAUAUGGACGAAAUGGACUUGGAUCAGGUAGUCGAUGUUCCUGACACACCUGAUAGGUUAGCUGCCCAUCAUAUUAUUGGUAAGGAUAGUGCUGGAAGAGAAAGCAAUUCAUCAUUAGCUGGUCAUUUGAGGAAUCCUGAUUUUGUGGGUGAAAAAUGUAUGAAUGGAUUGAGGGGCAGGGGUAGGCUGGCCAAUGAUAAUUUCCAGAAUAAAAGAUUGGUUAUUCGGUCUCGGAAGAAUCUCAGCGAUGAUGAACCUAAGGGUUGCAACAGCCCCAUUAUUAUUUCCCCACCGCAGAACUCAUACACCUCCCAGAAUGCUCACUUAUUCAGGAGACCAGCAAUAGACAAAAGCUUUAGUCAUAGGAAACAUUCCAUUGGAAUGGAAAAGAAGGAUAAAGGGAAAGGCAUGUGUACUAAGUUUCCUCCAAAUUCAUCUGGUUUCCAAGAAGGCACUGCCUCUUUAUAUUUAACAGAACAGAGUGGUCACACCCAAAAACCUGAAACCGGUUUUCCAUUGGAUGCAUUUGAAGAUCUUCUCGCUGAAGAUGAGAGAAAAGAACAAAUACCAACUUUUGGUGGUUCGUCUUCAUAUUGCCUUCCAGUUCCUCCAAAGGCAUCCAGCAAUGCCUACAAGGGGAAGGAGAAAUUAGAGGACAAUACAUUUAAAAGUACUGGUUUGGCUUUGGCUCAUGGAAAAGGGGCAGCUAUGUCCACUGAAAAACAGAUUUCCACUCCUGUUCAUUGUCUUACCAUGCCAAGAGUCAGUGGGCAAAAAAGGUUAGUUCGCAAUGGAUGUAUCUCUCCACAUAAUAUAGCAACAAGGGCAAAACAAUUAGCUGAACAGCAGAGUACCAGUUCCAAUGUUGAUUUGGUUUCCAAAAGUCCUCUGAUAAACAUUAGUGAUAUAGUUUCUGGAGACAAUAAUGGUGAUAGAGUGAAAGGAAAAGGUGUUAUAAAUCAUCCUUCAGCAAACAAGCCAGGGGCUAAUAUUAUUCAUAUAACUGGCAGCCCUGUGAUUGAUAAUGGAGAAGCUGACGGACACAACAAUGCUAGUAGAGAUGCAUUUGCAUUGCCCGAAAGAUUACGUGGUUGGAGAAGUACACGGAGUCGUUCCAAGAAAAAUGAUAAUCCUUUGUCUGAUGCAGCUGGGUGUCUUUCUGGGAUGAAUGGUGUUGGAAAUUUUGUUAGUCAACAGCAUGAAGACAGAGCAGAGAGAAGGGAUACAGGGAGUGGAAUAAACCGCAGGGCUCAAUGUGAUGUUGCAAAAGAUUGUGAUUCAGCACAAACAGCUGCUGAGAUUGUCUCUGAGGUUGACCAGAUAGCUGGACCGCAUUAUGCACCAAAUACACUCAGUAGAAGGCAAAAGAAACAUAGAUUGACUUCAAGAAAUCGUGGUGAGUGCUCUACAUCAGUUACUGAUGACUCAGAUAUUGUGAUUCUUGGUUCAUAUGGGGAACCAUCAAAUUCAAGAUCAUCCAGAAUCCAGACUCGUCAACGUAGGGGCAGUUUGGGUCCACUUAUUGAAGUUGAUGAUUUAUCAACUGAAAUGAGACAAAACCUCUCCCAUGAUUUAGACCGCACGAAUAAUGAUGACUCAGAUGCUAGGGCAAGACAACUAGAAGCAGAUGAGAUGUUGGCUCGGGAACUGCAAGAACAACUAUAUAAUGAGAUGCCUGUGGUUGGAGGUCAUGAGAUUGAUGAAAAUGUAGCAUGGGAGAUGCAUCAGGAGUGGGACGUUUUCCGUUCUGCUUCUGGUGGAAGUCACAGUGAUACACACCCUAGAGGCUCAUCAGUAACACAUUCGUCUAGACAACCUCGGUCACGGUCUUCUCAUAACCCUUCAGUUAGGAGAGCAACCCAGGCUCAAGCUCCUACCUCUAGUCGAAUAGCACAGUUGAUGGGAGCCCAGGCUAGAGUUCCCACCUCUAGUAGAAUAGCACAGUUGAGAAAUCGCAUCUCCAGACAUUCUCCUUCAGGAUCAUCAGGUCGAAGGAAUCUCCACUUUCCUUCAUACAUGGAUUUAGACAUGAGACUUGAUAUAUUGGAAGCAUUAGAGGCUGCAGUUGGGGACCUUAGUGAUAUGAGUAUGGCUAAUCAUGCCUUUCAAGUUCAGCGUGAUUUUAAUGAAAAUGAUUAUGAAAUGUUGUUGGCUCUUGAUGAUAAUAAUCACCAUCAUGCCGGUGCAUCUGUCAAUCAGAUUAAUUGUCUUCCGCAGUCAACAGUACAGACUGAUACCAGUGAAGAGGCUUGUGCAAUUUGUCUUGAAAUUCCAACUAUUGGAGAAACCAUUCGGCAUCUCCCAUGCUUACACAAAUUUCACAAAGAUUGCAUUGAUCCAUGGCUCAGCAGAAGGACAUCAUGCCCAGUUUGCAAGUCUUCCAUCACUUAGUUUGCACUGGGAGUUUAGUGCUGAAUUACUCCACAUCUGGAGCAUUCUCAUUCUGGGGUUAAGGUAAUAAUUGUUUCAAUUAUAUUAUUGUUCCCAUUGGAUGAUGUUGUAAUCAAAAUUGUGCACAGUGGCAGACGGCUAUCUUACUUUUGUUCCAUUAGAUUUUUAAAUUAUAAACAAUUUAAAGAAAGGCUCAAAAUGAUUAGAGCCGUGAAAAAUUCUUUGGGAUGGUGUUGUCAAUGGUGAAUUGUCUCUUUUUGAAUUGAUCUAUUGGCUCAUCUUUAGCAAAGUUUGUAUAUUUGGCUUUGGAGGUUUCAGCAUGAUCCCCUGAAAAAUUUAAGUUCUAAUGAAGUUAAUGCAACUCGGAUGGCAUACUGAAGUCUAGGUCUAACUUCAGAUCAAUGUGAGCUGGAGGCCAAUAAGACAUGGGCUUAGGCGGCUGAUCUUGGGACUGGGGUUCCCAACCACAUGCAAAUGGCGCAAGGAAUCAUUUCGCCAUAUGGGCGAUUGAAUGCAGCAUGUAUGUGUACUGGUCAUUUACUGGCAUUGCAGUUGUAUAUGUGGCGUUGCAGUUGUACUGGUCAUUUUCUGGGGGAUGGUUGGUGACACUUGCAAUUCUCUCUUAAUAUUGAAAUUUAAGCCCGAUCCUUUAUUACA